GUAGAAUAAAACUUCAAGGUAGAUCUGUAUCACUGAGCAGACACUGAAAUAAUAAAUUCAACUCGGCGUCGCGACUCAUGCCUUUCUUUGAGUAGCUGGUGGUAGCGGUCGGUCGCUACGUAGUUGGUCCGCAAUGCAAAUGUCGUCGCUGUUGCCAAACCACCGGCGGGUGCAAGUUCUGGAUCCGAAAACAACCGAAAUGAAUGGAACCAACAGACAAGGUGCAAUAUCCCGAAGUAAUAAACCGCGCGCGGCUCCGGACAAACAACCUCUGCCGAUACUCUAAUCAUGUAUGAGUCUACUCAGCUAGCUAAAGAAGCAACGCUAAGUAUCUAUGGUGUAUGCGUUGAGCUCAUCAACAUGAACGGAUCAGACACUGGCAAAACGAAAUGGAGCUAUAGUUGCAUACGCCUUGCCUUGUUGCCUGCGGAAGACGGUAGUGCAGUCGCAAUUCCGCGUCGCCGCGUUCAUCUGAGUUAGUUUGAGCAUGGAAAAAGAAGGAGAGAUAAACGAAAGGCGUACAAGGUCGAGGCUUGUAAGAUUUCUAUUUGUAGGGUCGGCAGCUGCUGUGGAGACGGAGACCACCAAGUGUCUUUUCCCAGGCAUGACAGGGUACGACGAUAUCGACUUCCACUUCCAGCAAUGGGUCCCUCGCCAUGGCUACAGGUGGGCUCGCGGGCCUCGCCCUGCUGCAGAUGGCAGACCAGCGCCUCGGGUUGACCAACGAUUUGAACCUGGCGUGGAAAAUUUUUCUAUCAAAUGCAAAAACGUCUGGGUCUGGAACAAAGCAACCCGUCAUGCCAAAUCUGAAUCAUGUAAAAAUCUGUGUUGCAUCAUUACCAAAAGCUGUCCAAUUUUGACCUAAUCGAGAGGCAGUUUCUCAUGCAGGAUAGGCAUGAUAGAACUGCCACAGAAUCUGUCAUGCUAUGUCCUACAUGCCAGACCUCAUGGGUCAUGGAAAACCUGCAUGACAAGUCUGACAUUCCUCCAGACCCAUACAUUUUUACAUUUGAUACUUUCCGCAGUUUUACCAAAUGUGGCGCAUGGCCAACAAGGAGUUUACGGUGACGGAUGUGUGGCUCGAGAGUGUGGCCAAAUACGGAGACCACAAGACCGCCAUCUGUUUCGAGAACAAGCAUUUCACCUUCCUGGACAUGGAGCGCACGGUGCUGCAGAUGGCCAGGUACCUAUGCAAGAAAAAAACUGUGUAAGAGUAAAUCUGUGAUGCAGAAAAUGCAAAACAGUAUACAGUUGUCAUGCUGGAAGUGCGUCGUAGGCAACUAUCAUACGCGUUUCCACGUACUAGUUGCGCAUGACAGGUUUUCCCUGUAAUGCAAAGCGAAUUUGUGAUGCUGCUCUUCCUACAAAGUUGUUACACUUACUACACAGUUUUUUUCCUGGAUUGUACCUGCUAGAAACUGUCCGGGUAGGUACCGGGGACUCAGUCUGCUUGUACAUGGAGAACAAGCCUGAGUUCGUUUGCUGGUGGCUCGCGCUAACCCGAAUUAAUGCGGUCGUUGUAUCCAUUGAAAAUACAAAAAUGCUCCUCUGACGAACAGUAACAGUUUUUUUGUCUGAACAUGAGACUUCCUGCUCCUCGCUCUCUCGAAAGAGCAUCGUAAGGCACAACAGACACUGGCGGGUCAGAUUUCAUGCAUCACUUCUCCCAUGUACUGAAACUGAUAACGAUUGUGUUUUGCUUCCGGACGAAGUGAAUUCUACUUUUUCUUUCGGUACUAGAGGCCUAUUGUCCUCGUGGGGCGAAAUUAAUGAGAAAUGCAUUAUAGUUUCUCUUUCCUCGGUUUCUUCCAGUACAUGCUGCCUCGUCGAGUAGAACGAACGAUUUUGUGUAGUUGCAUACCGAGGCCUCCUGAAUUACAACUUGAAGCAGACAGGUCUGUUGCACUGCAUCCGUAUUUCAAGGACCAAAAACACGGCACAUGGCAGUCAAGAACAGGACGCCGCGGUAGAGGUAGAGCGUGGCGGUGCUGCAGAUCGUGAUCGCAUCACGACCAUCAUUGUUGACGCGCCUCUCUGGCCGCACGUCGCGGAAAUCCAACGUGAACUCCUCCAGGAAGAUGUUCAAGAAAACCAAAAAUCGGCGGCGCGAUCCGCAAAAUUUGACUCAGACGAAACCGCUUCUCGCGGUAGCGGUCAAGCAGCACCCCCCAAGGUGAAGAUCGUACUCUGGUGCGGAGACAGUAAAUCAGCAGCCGCACCACUCCGAGCGCAGACAGGCGGUGAGAAUGUUUUUGGGGAGGACACAACCAACACCGUUAUGCCUGUUCGAGGACGAGGAUUGGAAGUAGAGCUGUCUCCCGUUGAGCAGCAACAUCAAGACGCAUUUUAUUCGAACAUGAUCAAGAUUUACGAAGUAGACUAUACGGAUUUGCUGCAGAUUCCCGCAACUCCAAUUGACCCGGCUCUCAGGCGCGGCGUCAAAUUUCAAGACCUUUUCGGGUACUUCUUAUCUGUUUGCUGUAGUACUAGAGGCCAAUAUAACUGACAAAACACAGAGUCGUGUUUCACACGAAUGACGGGCCCUCGUGUACUCUGCAGCUGAUGAGUAUGUUUUUUGCUGUGCGCUCCUUCGUCCUGUAGUGCAUGGCUACGUGGUUCUUCAAUUCAAUUUGAUGUUGUGAAGGAAAGAUUUUUGUCUGAAGUGGAUACAACCGAAUCGUAAGCUCUUACUUUUGUAACGAUAAGAACAUCCGCGUCCACGUCGAUGCUGCACAAUCAAAGGUUCAUCUACACUUCUGGUACCACGGGGUUACCGAAGGCAGCCAGGGUCUCGCACCUGCGCAUGUGGCAGUUCGGUGCGUUCCUGAGCGGCCUGGGGCAGGUGACCAGUCAGGACCGGAUUUACACCUGUCUGCCCAUCUUCCACUCUGCCGGGGGCGGCAUCGGCGUGAUGAGUAUGAUGAUCACAGGGGCUACUCUGGUCCUCGCGCGCCGGUUUUCGUCGACGCACUUCUGGCGCGAGGUCGUCGAGCAGCGUUGUACCAUUAUUCAGUACAUUGGAGAACUGUGCCGAUACCUGGUGAAUAGCGAGCAGGCCGGAGACGAAUUUUCCCGUCGCGAAGAUCCAAGAAGAACCGCAGGAAUCCCCUCGGCCUCGUCGAACAAGACAACUUCCGGAGUAGAGUAUUCAAAGGCUGCAUCAAAGCUGCGACCACAGCAGCAGCCGCACCGCAAUCACUGCGUGCGACUGGCGGUGGGCAACGGUCUGCGCCCUGAGGUGUGGCGUGAAUUCCAGAACUCCUUUCAAAUCCCAGAAGUUCUGGAGUUCUACGGAGCAACCGAAGGCAAUGGGGCCAUGGCAAAUUCCGUACUGGCGGACUGUCGGUCCAGCGCCCACUCCUUUCUUGCACCCUUUCUGCAGUUCGUCUCGCGGAGCCUCUCGUCGCCGUUCGCGUUCGUCACCAGAUCUUCUUCAUCGUCCCAGCACUCGGUAAUAUCACCAACCACGGGCGGACGAGCCGAGCGGCCUCGCGGCGGAUCCCCACUUGGAAGCGGAGCAGGUGGUUUGCUUUGCGGCCGAAACCAGGCGAGCAAUGUGGUCGGCAGCGUUGGACGCUAUGGAGCUGUUGCCCGGGCCAUUCUAGGGCUGAAAAUCGUCAAAUUUGACGUGGAAACCGAGGAACCCCUUCGAGUCCCUGUCAGCGAGGCCCAGACCGACGUUUCGAAAAGUGCGACGGCACCACAACCCGGUCGUGUCUGCAGGCCUGCGUUUUGCGUUGAGUGUGACGUGGACGAGCCCGGUGAGUUGCUUUUUCCGAUUAAGAGCUACCUUCCGCACACCACCUUCAGCGGGUACAGCGACGCGGCCUCCACCGACAAGAAGAUUUUGCGGGACGUGUCCCGCCCCGGAGAUUGCUAUUUCCGCACGGGCGACUUGCUCCGCCGGGACAAGUUCGGGAAUUACUACUUUGUUGACCGCAUCGGCGACACGUUCCGCUGGAAGGGCGAGAAUGUAUCCACGCUGGAGUUGCAGCAGGUCAUCCUUUCAGUCAACGACGACCUGCCUUCCUCGGCCGGCGCGGGAGAAAUAUCUGGCUUGGCGGACACGAGCAACAGGACCGAUGUUGAGGACGUGAUAAGGAUCGAGGAAGCCAAUGUCUAUGGCGUUGUCGUGCCAAACCAACCCGACGGCCGAGCGCCGCUGGUCGCGCUGACUUUGCAACGUGGCUGUCGCGAAGAUUUCGCCCGCGGCGGUUCUGCCACCGGCCAGACCGAUGAGGAUAGCGGAAGCCUGCAGCGGUUUCUUAACGACCGGCUGUUGCCGCUUUGCCGCAAGAAGCUACCCUCUUACGCUGUGCCGCUGUUCGUGCGAGUCGUGCACACGCACGCCGCCAUGGAGCACACAGAAACCUGGAAGCUGUAAGAAACAAGAAAAUUAUUUGUAGCCUCAAAAUGAGAACUCCGACGCGGGACGGAAUGAGGUCGAUACGAUGUAAUUCUCGUCGUACGUGGCUAGACACUUUGUUAGUUGGCGUAACACCUUUCUGUUCCAUUGGCUGUGUGUAUUGCGGAAGCAGAAAAAUAAAGGGCAAGUGCCUCUUACAAAAAAAAAGGUGAGCUCUGCCUAUCGCGGGAGAAGGAGUGCGUUGCGCAUAUGUCCUUCUGCCUAUCUUCAUGCUAUCGCGGCGAUCGCAGCACAGAACACAAACCGGAACAAUUCGUAUUGGUUUGCAUAUUAUUUCGCCAACCUGAUCAUGUUCUAGUAGUUCAAGUUCUCAAUUGCAUAAAAGGAAGAAAGGCGGAAUGCGCCAGCAAGGAAUCGACCCGCAACACUGCUCCCCCGACCGUCUCUUCUCUUUAGUCACGACAACUGCAGCAGAGGACCCGGAGGACCAUCGUGCUGGGACCGUCACUGCUUUUUCUCGUCGGGGUAGGACCGUUCAAGGUGGACGCGCUAGGUACCAACCCUUCGGACAAGCCGAGUACGACGCACUGUGUGCGGCCACGAGCAGCGGAAGCACAUCAAAGUCGACGACUGUGACCAGCGAACUCAAAGCCAACCUCUGA